UCCGAGUGAAUGGAUUUGGACGGAAACAACAGUGGCAACAGUGGUGUUAUUAGCAACAGUGGCGAGUUUUUCCUUUCUCUUAGCGUGCUUGAUUAAUCUCACCUGGGCGUAUCGUAGUAUAAAAACCCAUUGCCCGCCCAGGCCGUAGAUAGCAAAGAAGGGAGAGAACUUAGAGAAAGAAGAGGAGAGAAUCACCAUCGCAUUGUCUCGAGUCGUGCUCGAAAGAUCUUUGCAGGACAGCACGCGGAAAGUGUGUGGAACUGGAUAAUCGAUUUGGGCUUUUCAUGUGAUUCCAUCGCUUGCUUGCUUGCUUGCUUCCUCACCCAUUCCCUGUGUCUUUCGCGAGGAGGCCCAAGAACCCAUCGCCUCCUCUCUUUACUCCUACCAAUCUCGCAUUGAUACUGCUGCUUCUAUCCUUGCGUGAUCCCGCGUGAAUCCAGCUAAAGCCUUUUUGGAAAAGAUCUGCCUCGCAUAGAUUUCCUUGUCUCUUCUCCACCGCCCAAGAACGAUCGAGUCGAGAGCCCCCAAGAAAACCAAGAAAACAAGGAAAGAAACGACCAAUGGCUGUUGGAAUGUUUCCUCCUUCGCACGAUGAGAGAAUCUCUUACGCUGAGAAUGGUCACAAGCUCGGAUCUUUGGAGCUCCAGCAGCAGCAGAAAAACGUCGACGACGAUGGACGUCCAUGCCGCACAGGAACUGUGUGGACAGCCUCGGCCCAUGUCGUGACCGCCGUCAUCGGCAGCGGAGUUUUGUCCCUGGCGUGGAGCAUGGCCCAGAUUGGCUGGAUCGCUGGCCCCGUUGUGCUGCUCAUCUUCGCCGCCAUCACCUUCUUCACGUCGCUGCUGCUCACGGAUUGCUACCGCUCUCCGGACCCCGUCACCGGCAAGCGAAACUACAGAUACAAGGACGCCGUCAAAGCCAACCUCGGUGAGAUCCAGCUCUGGUGCUGCGCGCUUGUCCAGUACAGCAACUUGAUGGGAACGGCCAUCGGUUACACCAUCACUGCCUCGAUAAGUAUGGUGGCCAUCAAUCGAUCCGACUGCUUCCACGCCAAGGGCCACAAUGGCGCCUGUAACACCUCCAACAAUCUCUACAUGGCUCUGUUUGGAGUGGUCCAGCUGAUGCUGUCACAGAUCCCAAACUUCCACAAGCUCUGGUGGCUGUCCAUCGUCGCGGCCGUUAUGUCGUUCUCGUACUCCGGGAUCGGCCUGGGACUCGGCAUCAGCAAGAUCAUCGAGAAUGGCCAUCUCUUAGGAUCAGCAACCGGCGUCCCCAUUGGUUUGACUCUCGGCAGUGUAACACCCGCCAAGAAAGUCUGGAGAGUCUUCCAGGCCCUUGGCAACAUCGCGUUUGCGUAUUCUUUCUCCACCGUUCUCAUCGAAAUCCAGGUAACGCCAACUUCAAACCAUCGCAAAAGUAAAUGUCCGAGAGCUCAUUCCUUGUCACCUUUGUUUGAAAACUCCCAGGACACCAUCAAGUCACCACCAGCCGAGAACAAAACGAUGAAGAAGGCGACGCUGAUUGGGAUCAUCACCACCACCACCUUCUACUUGUCGGUCGGAUGCUUCGGCUACGGUGCCUUUGGAAAUGGUGCUCGGGGCAAUCUUCUCACCGGCUUCGGCUUCUACGACCCUUACUGGCUCGUCGACUUUGCAAAUGCCUGCAUCGUUGUCCAUCUUGUCGGAGCUUAUCAGGUCUUCAGUCAGCCACUGUUUGAGUUUGUGGAGUCGACUGCUGCGAACAAGUGGCCAAAAUCAGGCUGCAUCCACACUGAGCACGCCAUCCGAAUCCCGUUCGUUGGAACCUGGCGAGUUAACGUCUUCCGGCUCCUGUGGAGAACCAUGUACGUCAUCUUCACCACCAUUGCUGCAAUGCUGCUUCCCUUCUUCAACGACAUCGUCGGUUUGAUCGGUGCUGCUGGAUUCUGGCCGCUCACUGUCUACUUCCCCAUCGAGAUGUUCAUCAAGCAAAAGCGGAUCGAGAGCUGGUCCUGGUCCUGGGUUGCUCUGAAGACCAUUAGUGCAGCCUGCCUGAUGAUAUCCAUCGCUGCCGGGAUCGGUUCUAUCGAAGGUAUUCUCCAUAGCCUCGAAAAGUACACGCCGUUCAAGACCACGUACUGAUUGAAUGGAAGCGCGAACUGAUUGAAGCUGAUCGAUACUGUAUCAUACUCUCGCACAGCAGUCUUUAGCAAGAACUGCAGAAGCACACGAAAGAAAAAGUCACAAAGAAUUUUGAAGCUCUGGAAGAAAUGUCCUAGCUACAUGGUGUGUUUAUGUAAUAUCAAAUGCUCGCAAUUUACCUCAAAA